GCAGCAAACUGCAAGCGGCUUGAUUGCAGCAAACAUAACCUCUCAAAACAUCGACGCUUAACAAGCGUGUGCAGUUGAGGUGUUAGGUUGUAUCAUAAAGUAGUGAAAAUUAGGCAAAAUGGAUAUAAGGCCAAACAACACGAUCUAUAUAAACAAUUUGAAUGAGAAGAUAAACAAAGAUGAGCUGCAAAAGUCGCUCUAUGCAAUUUUCUCGCAGUUUGGUCAAAUUCUUGAUAUCGUUGCAUUGAAAACGCUGAAAAUGCGUGGCCAGGCAUUCGUCAUAUUCAAAGAGAUCGCCAGCGCUACUAACGCCCUUCGAUCCAUGCAAGGUUUCCCGUUUUACGAUAAACCAAUGAGAAUACAGUAUGCGAAAACGGACAGUGAUCUAAUAGCUAAGAGAAAGGGCACGUUUGCUGAACGACCAAAGAAACCUAAGCGGGUUGUACCUGCUGCAGAGGAGGAAGCGAAACGUGCGAAAAAGCGUGCCAAGGAGCAGGCUAAACACUCUCAGCAAGUCGGCUAUCAUUCCGGAGUUCCUCAGCACACAGGAAUGGCGAACACUGCAGUGCCCGAACAACCGCCAAACCAGAUUCUGUUCCUGACCAAUCUGCCUGACGAAACCAGCGAAAUGAUGUUGUCCAUGUUGUUCAAUCAAUUCCCAGGCUUCAAGGAGGUCAGAUUAGUACCAAACAGACACGACAUUGCCUUUGUUGAGUUUGAAAACGAGGUGCAAUCUGGCGCGGCAAAGGACGCACUUCAAGGGUUCAAAAUAACGCCGUCGCAUGCAAUGAAAAUAUCAUUUGCUAAGAAAUAGAUGAUAAAUAAUCGAGGAAGAACUUUCGGUGAAAUAUCGACGAAUUUUUGUAUUUUUAGAGUGGUACGCAUUAGAUAUCUUGUUAUUUGGCUUUUUUUUUCAUUUUUCUUCUCUGUCAAUUUUCACCGGAGAUGUGAAAUAGUUGCAUUCUUAAGAAUUACGCUAUUCAUACUAUCAAUACGGUAAUUUCCCGAAGAUAAUCUAUAUUUAUAUACACCGUACUUGUACAAGUCAUAUAAUUCCAUUGAUAUAAAUAAAGCUUGCACUAUCCCCCCUGUAAAUAUACAUUAUACGUCUGGAAUAGCGCGCAUUGCACUUUGGCCUAUUUUUGACUAAGCGGGGAUAAAAAAAUUUCCUUCAAUUUUUA